AUGACUUUUUUCUUCUGGACCUGUUUCUUCUUCCUCUCUUUGCUGGCGGCGCAUGUCCUCGGUCUUCAGUGCUACUCUUGUGAUGGGGAGAGCAACUGCCUGGAACCCCAAGUCUGCCAAGAACAUCAGGAUCGAUGCCGCACUACUGUCAUGACAACGCUAACCCGAUCAGGGAUCUCUACAUACUACCACAAGGACUGUGACAUGAGUGGGAAGGCCAACAAUUCCAUUUCGUACCUCUCCAACAACCAGGUUGUGUUUCUGGCAGAAGAGCACUGCGAGAGAGAACUCUGCAAUGAACACGCACCAAAUGUGCUGGACGUUCUCCUUGCUCGAGGUCGCCCACCAAACCUCCUGCAUUGCCAUUCCUGUAGCUCAGCUGAUGAGACCUGCUUCAAUACCAGCCUGGCUCAGAUGCGCUGCUCUAGGCCCGGAGAGCAGUGUGUGGACAUCACAUCCUUCACAGCGCCAGAAGAGUUCUUGCAGGAUGAACUGCACAUCAAGGGUUGUGGGGAGUUGUCCCACUGCCAGGAGCCCCUGGGCUUCCACAACCGGAACAGCUUUUACCUGAUCACCUGCUGUGACUCCAGCUUGUGCAACAAAGAGACGCGAGACUAUAAAGCUUCCCCCCUGCCCCUGAAUGGGGUAACGUGCUACAGCUGUGAGGGAAACUUUAGCCAGGGUUGCGCCCCUGAUGACAUCACCCAGGUGCAGUGCCAGGGCCUCAUGAACCAGUGCUUAGAGGCCUCAGGAAUUGAUGGUGUCUCCGGCCGGAGUUCCAUUGUCAAGGGUUGUGCUUCCUCUUCCUGGUGCGACAGUCCCUACACUUCCAUCUACAAGAACCUGGGGGCCCUUCACACCCGCUGCUGUACCGGAAAGCUCUGCAACGGCCAGAUCAUCGACAAGACCACCCUGAAGCCUUCCGCCAGGAGUCAAGCCAGCCACAACCCCACGGCCCAACCUGUUUUGCUUUCAGCAAGCCUACUGCUCUGGGUAGCCUUUCUGCUCUGCUCAGAGAGCUGCUGA